AUCGUCAAAUAGAAAGAGGGGAGAGAGAGGGAGUAAAAGAAAAAAGAAAAAAAAAAAAUCAACUACGUAGCGAAACUUUAUAUUCUCCUGCUUCUCCUCGUCCGCCUCGUCUCGUUUCCUAUCUGUUUAUAAUAACUCCAAAAUUUUAUCUCGGGGUUUUCUUGUAGCUUAGAAUUCUAAAUUAUCGAGGGGGAGAGCAUCAAAAAGAGAGCUUUGUUUUUUGGCCUCAGCUCUGCUCAGAUCUCACCUACCCCACGGAGAACCCUAACCCUAGAAUCGGCCAGAAAAGAGAAGUUUCUUGUUUUUUUCUUUUCAUAUUCGCUACUUAUCUCUGUUGCAAUUUCGAGUUUUAGGGUUUUAAUCGGAGGGAGGGUGGAAGAUGGCAGGGCUCGAUGGGGAGGGUGGGGUUUCGGAAGACCCUGCUGGCCCGGAUAACGGGUUUGGACGAUUGGCCGGUGGUUUAUCAGAAAAUGCUCGGUUUGAUGCUUCACAAUAUGCAUUUUUUGGUAAUGAUGUUAUGGAGGAAGUUGAGUUGGGGGGAUUGGAAGAAGUUGAUGGUGGUGAUCCUGGCUUUAUUGGGCUCAAUGAUCAGGAUAAUCAAUUUUCUUAUCUUGGUGAUGGAGUAGAGGGUGAUGGUUUAGGAUCUUUAUCUGAUAUUGAUGACCUUGCAAGCACUUUCUCAAAGUUGAACAAAGUUGUUGGUGAACCAAGGGGCUCAGGAGCAAUUGGUGAUAGGGGAUCCUUUUCUAGAGAAAGUUCUUCUACUGCAGACUGGGCACAGGAGCAAGAUUUCUCAAAGUGCCUAGAUCAAAAUAUAUUGGACAAUGAAAGUGUCCAGGAUGGUAAACGGUGGUGGUCACAGCCACAUCCUUCUUCAGCUCGUGCUGGAGAAUCCGGACCUCUGUACAGAACCUCCUCAUAUCCUCAACAACCACCACAACAUAAUCCUAGUGAACCAAUUCUAAGAACUAAAUCAUCCUAUACUUCCUACCCUCCUGGUGGACCGUCACAAGCUUCUCCAAAUCACGCACGCCAAAUAAAUGUCUCAUCUCCUACUGCUGGACUCCAGAUGCCUUUCUCUGCACCAAAUCCCUCCCAUUUCUCCCAGCUUCAUUUGGCAGGAGUACCUCAUGGAUUGCAGUAUGGUGGAAAUAUGUCUCAGUUUGGUCCUCCAGGUCUCUCCAUUAGUAACAGACAACAGAAUUGGUUGAAGCAAGCUAAUUUCUUUUCGGGUGAACAUUCCAAUUUUUCACCUAACUUGAUGCAGCAGCAGUUGCCUCAAUCAAAUGGUCUAAUGCCGCCUCAACUAUUUCCACCACAGCACCAACAUAGAAUGCCCCAAAUUCAAUCAUCUCUAUCACAUAUCUCGCAGAUGCAGUCUCAGCUGUUCAGUCCACAUCCUCCUCCACUACAGAUGAUGAAUAAUUUUGAACCAAUGCUUGGGAUGGCUGAGUUAAGAGACCAGAGAUUGAAACCAAUGCAAAGGGGGAGACAGAUACUUCGAUUUGCUCAGCAUGGUUCUGAUACCAGCAGCCAGAAGAGUGACAAUGGAUGGCCACAGUUCCGAUCUAAGUACAUGACAGCUGAAGAGGUAGAAAACAUUUUGAGAAUGCAGCAUGCUGCAACCCAUGGCAGUGACCCCUAUGUAGAUGAUUACUACCACCAAGCUUGUCUUGCAAAGAAAUCUGCUGGGUCAAGGCUAAAGCACCAUUUCUGCCCAACUUCCAUUCGGGACCUGCCAUCCCGAGCACGUGCUAAAGACGAACCACAUGCUUAUCUUCAGGUGGAUGCUCUUGGGAGGCUUCCCUUUUCUUCUAUACGAAGGCCUCGACCUCUUCUUGAAGUUGACCUGCCCUCGGCAUCAGGUGAUAGCAUCCUUGAUCAGAAAUCUUCUGUGAAGCCUCUUGAAGAAGAGCCAAUGUUGGCAGCUAGAAUCACCAUUGAAGAUGGCUUUUGCCUUCUUCUUGAUGUAGAUGAUAUUGAUCGCUUGCUACAAUUCAGCCUGCUACAAGAUGGUGGCUCCCCGGUCAAAAGAAGACGGCACGCCCUCCUGGAAGGGCUCGCAGCAUCACUUCAGCUAGUUGAUCCACUUGGCCCUGGAAAAGCUGGCAAUUCAGUGGGUCUAGCCCCAAAAGAUGAUCUUGUGUUCCUCCGUCUUGUUUCUCUUCCCAAGGGCCGAAAACUUCUUUCACGCUAUCUUCAACUUCUAAUUCCUGGCAGCGAGCUGGCUCGGAUAGUCUGCAUGGCUAUCUUCCGCCACCUGAGGUUUUUAUUUGGUGCAUUGCCCUCAGAUUCUAGUGCAGCCGAAACUGCUAACAGUCUUGCAAAGACUGUUUCUUUAUGCAUUUGUGGCAUGGAUCUGAGCGCCCUCAGUGCUUGCCUUGCUGCUGUAGUUUGUUCAUCUGAACAGCCACCGCUUCGCCCUGUUGGAAGUUCUGCUGGUGAUGGUGCCUCCAUCAUAAUAAAAUCUGUUCUUGAGAGAGCAACAGAGCUGCUGACGGACCGCCAUGCUGCAACAAAUUACAGCAUGUCUAACCGGGCUCUGUGGCAAGCAUCAUUUGAUGCCUUCUUUGGUCUCCUCACGAAGUACUGUCAGAAUAAGUAUGACACUAUAACGCAAUCCUUGCUCAUGCAGGCACCAAAUCCUGCAAUUAUUGGACCAGAUGCAACUAGAGCUAUAAGCAGGGAGAUGCCGGUGGAGUUGUUACGUGCCAGUCUCCCUCACACUGAUGAGCAUCAGCGCAAGCUGUUACUUGCUUUUGCUCAGCGGUCCAUGCCUGUCACUGGGUAUAAUGCUAUGUCCUAAAUCCUGCCAAUGCUUCAUGCUGCUCCCUCCCAUAAAUCAAGGUAAUCUGGUAACAAGCGGAAAAGGAUUCUAGGCAAAAAACAGAAAAAAGGGCUUGGGAGGGUGUGGACAUUUAUGUAAGUCAGGUAACUGGCUUAAUGCUAGUAUUAUCGUUUUGUGGGUGUACUUUUGCUUUUCCUUUGUUGAAACUAUUGUCCCUGCCUCUUAUGUAUUGUGCUAGUUCUUUCAUGGGAGUUUGUGACUGGAAGUUUCUUCUGGGGAGCUUUAUUUUAGUGCUCUAAAUUGAAACUCCAGACAAAUCUAGGGAUAGGAACUGUACAGCUUCUGCUACUUGAAGCCUUUGUCUUUCAUUCUUCAAGGAUCUAGCAGAUGCGGCAAGGUGGAAGUUUUAGUAUCCAUUUUGGCUGGUGAAGAGAAUCUGUCAGCAUCUGUGGACCUCUGAAUUGUAAUCACAACUUGUUUCUUCUUUUCAUUUAGUGUAAACUUGGAGGAUUUCAAAUACUUCUUGGAUUCAAUCCUUAAUUACUGUGUACGUGGCAGCAGGCGUAAUGAUCAUCUGUAUGUCGACUUCCAGCACAUAUGUCAAGUAUAAAGUUUCUCAAUUUUAAUCUCAAUAGUAUUGAAUAUUGCUA